AUGGUACCAGAACCAAACAGUCACCACCAGCAAGAGAAAUCAACCCAGCACCGCCUGAAUGUGGGCAAGUUCAUAAAGCAGGAGGUCAAUUUCAUGGACCUUACCAAGCUCCGCCCAGAAACGCCCCUCAAAAGUCCCAGUUUUCAGGGAGCUUAUUCAGCGAUUCCAACAGAGUUGCAUUCCAUCGUGGAGACACUGAUAAAGACCACCAACUCUUCCUUAUUUCAGCGCCGCACAGUCAAAGAGCUGCUUUGGGGAUACACAGAUCCCAUACUAAGAGGAGAUGUGGGCUUCUUCUUAGAUUACAAUAACACAUACGAUGGCCCUUUCGAUGUCUUCACUGGGAAAGAUGACAUCGCAAACGUGGGAAAGAUCGACAAGUGGAAAGAAAGCAAGAGCUUAAGUUUCUGGAAUGAUGAAUACUGUGAUAUGCUUAAUGGGACAGAUGCUUCCUCCUUCCCUCCCUUUGUGAACAAGAAGGAUCCGCUCUUUUUCUUCUCCUCAGACAUCUGCAGGUCUGUGUCAGCCAGCUAUGAGAGGACUAUGAAUCUGAAAGGAAUCGAUGUGUACCGAUUCUCACUUCACGCAUUGACUCUGGCCUCCCCUGAGGUCAAUCCAGACAACAAAUGCUUCUGCUCAAACAUGAAGACCACCAAAAAUUGCACACUGGCCGGCGUGCUGGAUAUCAGUGCCUGUCAGCAAGGGAGGCCUAUUUAUAUCUCACUGCCCCACUUCCUGCAUGGCAGUCCAUCACUGCGGACCGAUGUGCUUGGCUUAAACCCCCAUGAAGAGCAUCACAAAACCUUUCUGGAUGUUGAACCUACCUCUGGGUUUACUCUGAACUUUGCCAAGAGAAUUCAAGUGAACAUGAUGUACGGACCAUCAAAAGUCAUCACGGUGCUCAAGAAAGUAAAGGACUACACCCUGUUCCCUCUUGUUUGGCUAAACGAGACAGCGACGCUGGAUGAUGAAACGGCAGAGAUGUUCAAGAAGGAGCUCAUUUCUCGUAUCCAGAUGCUGGAGAUCAUACAGCAGGUGCUCCUGGGUGUCGGUAUUGGCGUCUUCCUCCUGUGUCUUCUUGGUUUCUUUAUUGUGCGGAGGAGCCAUAACAAAAAGGAGCUUGCGUAGUAAAUCGCAGGCUCACCAGUUUGUUGCGCAUAUAACCACAGUGCAUUCAAACCGCCAGGCGACAUCAACCCUUUUUGAUAUAGACUUGCAAUUUUUUUGCAAUCAUGUCUUAUUUAUAAUGUCAGAUCUCCUUUUAUUUGAAAAAGGGAGGAAUACUGUGAUUUUUUUAACCGCUCAGGAGAGCUGAAUUUCUUUGCCAAUUCUUGUUUUGAUUUGAAACACUGUAACAUGAACUGAAUCAGGGAUUUCUUGAGGGAGAAUUAGAAACCCCCCUCAGCUGUCAGGUAAACCCUUUAUGUCUCCAGGCAGAGAGAAAUGGGUUUAUUUGACGCCCUAUGACUGAAAGGUAGAAGCGUAAAUGUGCAUAUAGUUUGCUAAACUAGUGUGUUCAAAAUGAAUAAAAGUCAGAAACAACGUUUUCAUGACUUGUCUUGUGUUUUAUUUAAUGCAGUCGUGACUAUAAUUGGUAAGGGCUGAUAAAGAUCAUGAGAUCAUUAGUUGGUUUUAUUGAUUUGAAAUGCCCUUUAGUCAGUUGUUCACCUGAAAUUCAAGUUAUACACUAAUAAAACGUCACGUUGAGGUUGCAUGUUUUGAUUAAGACCAAACAGAAGUUAUGAUAUGGGGGAAUUAUUUUUUUGCCAUAAUUUGAGAGCACACAUUUUCAGUCUUGGAAAAUGCUCUUGGAUUAUGGCAGAAAAAUUUCCCCAUAUCUGUGUGGCUACUAUCGAUUGUAGCAACUAGAGAAACAAUGACCUCAGCUUUCCAUCCAUCCAUCCAUCCAUCCAUCCAUCCAUCCAUCCAUCUCUAUAAACUUAUCCAUCAUGGAUAGGUAGAUAGGUUGCCACAGGCACACUCACUAGAAGGAAACAAACGCACCAGUAUAACGCUUUCAUUCUAUUGGCUUAGAGGUUGCCAGGCAGUCAAGCUCCAAGCAGGUGGUUCAGCCAAUCAGUGCCAAGGAAAAUAAAUGACACUCCUACAUUGGCAGCCGGUUGAGUCAAGUAGUAUUGCACCAAUUUUAGUUUCCCAAACUACACUUUCUUUUGAAUAUUUUCAGAUUUAUUUUAGUUACAUUUGGAGUUACAUUUCAGAGACAUUUGUGAUUACUGAGCCUCAAAUAGCCCACGGUCCAGUGUCUGAAAAAUACAGCUGAAACAAAAUAAUGACUUAUAAAGUGACAUAAUUUUGUUCGUUUUGUGUUCUGAUGUCUUCAGUAGAAAUGCAGCUCUUAAAAGAUUGAAAAUCUUGUAAAAUAAAUCGAUUUAUUUUAAAUUUUUCACUGACAAAUCAGUUUCUUGAAACCAGAACCUCUCAAGCUGAUUUUAAAGCAAUGUUUUUAAGACAUUACAUCGAAAGAGGCAUUCAUGUGCGUUUAGGAAAUUAAGUAUUAAUUUUACUUAGGUGAUGGACGGACGGCGUCUUUGUAAUCUACAUUUUAAGCUAAUAUAAGCGAUUAGCUGUUUGCGUUUCUAUAAAGCUGAGCUUCACUUGAACAGAUUUAUUCAGGCUACAACAUUAAUAAAUACAAAUACAUAGAAUUCAUGACAAUAAAAUUAUGCAGAGUUGAAAUGAAAAAGUCUGACAUGUAAAGCAGAGACUGAAUGAGGGAACAUGCAUGCUGCUUUGAAAUCUUCUGAAAUCGCAGAUGCGGUCAUAGCUGGUAAAUAACACCAAAGUUAUGUACAAAAUAACAAAACAAUUUUGACCAAACUUGUCAAGAAUAUUAAUUUAAAAUAUUAAAGACACAUAAAAUACUUUGUACAAAAGCAAUAUUUUCUAUCUACAUCAUCUAUAGGUUGAAAAAAAAA